AGUGGAUUGGAUGGACAAUCCACUGAUGGCCUCAGGACGUUGGUGUUCCAGUCGUGACUCCGCUUGACUCAAUAGAAGGACUCUUGAAUGAGUUUUAUGGGUCAGUGGGUGGCAAAUCAUAUGUUUGAACUUAUAGAAUUUGUAUCUUUAGAAUAUAGGCUUUGCAUGUCAGAGCACACAGAGGCUUCAUGAAUCUGCCUCUUGACUAUAGUCUUUGACAAUGUCAUGUCCACCUGGCUUCUCUUCCAGAGUGUGACCAAAUGAUGAGCUGUUCUUUUUCACUGUAGACAGAAAUGCGUCCUCCAUUGUUUUUCAGCGUUGAGAUCUUAUUGCAGUUCAUACAGGUACAGUAACUCUAGUACAGUUGAUAAAUGCUAACCUAAUACUCCAGAGUACUUAAUUUAAAGUAACAAAGCAAUGGACUGAACCUAUAGGGGUUUAGUGUAAAAUGUUAGCCAGCAAACCUCAGAUGCACCAUUCAUUUGAUAAGACAAGAACUUUGAGUAAUGUCUGGGGGGUUUGGGGCCGAACCAUCAGACUUGAUCCUGAUGACUUGACAAAUGUGAUAAUUUCCAGGGUGCUCUUAGUCAUUUGAUCAGUGAGGUGGUACAGUAACUGUCUUUAUGGACUAUAAACUCUGACCCACCCAUACAUGUUUCACAUUGAACAAUGGCACACAUUACAUUCUUUACGGAUAUUAAUUGAACUAUAGUCUAGUAGUACACUCAAUCAUUAUGUGCAAUGACCUCUUUAGUGUGCAGAGUCACUGUUGUUGUAGGUGCACUAUAUACUGUAGUAACAUAUUGACUAAAACAACUUUUAGUUUUGAACAAUAUGUUUUUAAAUAGUUGUGGGCUGGUUGUCUUUUAACUUGAAAGUUAUUCAGUGGCCCCUAAAACUAAAGGCAGACACCAAAGUACUGUGACUCGUCAGUGGGACCGUAGGGAGGUAAGUACAUUUCUUGAUCAUUAUUUAUAUCAAUUCAAUUAUGUUAGUUGGCUAACAUCUACACAUUACACCUUUCUUUUAUUGUUUGUACACUUGUCAUGUGCAGCAUACUAAUAUUAAAUUCCUUUAAAAACUACCAAAUUAAUAAAGCAGCAGAUAAUAGAAAGAAAGAAAGAAAGAAAGAAAGAAAGAAAGAAAGAAAGAAAGAAAGAAAGAAAGAAAGAAAGAAAGAAAGAAAGAAAGAAAGAAAGAAAGAAAGAAAGAAAGAAAGAAAGAAAGAGAGAGAGAGAGAGAGAGAGAGAGAAGCAUGUCAAAGUAGUUGUUUUUUACAGUUUUUACAAGUACCUAUGAAUCCAGAAUGGAAAAGCUGCUUUCAUCCACUACAUUCAAGCCAUUGUUUAGGACAGAAAGUACAGCUUUGGAUGAUCUAGGCAUUCAUCAUAUACAGUGUAAGUCUAUACCUACUGUACUGUGCAUAUCCAUCUAUUUGUAUUUUGAUGGACAUUUAGUGUCUUAGGUGUUUUCAUUUUUUUUUUUGCUCUCAAAACUAAUCGGCAAUAAUGUUACAAUGUACUUUGGCAUUUAUUAUAAUGGAUGGUUUAAUUGGUUACUUUGGCUUUUACAACCUUUCCUUCAUUGAUCAUUGUCAAAAAAUCUACUUAUGUUCUUGGAUUUAAUGUCAAAAUGGUUUUAAAAACACGCCUGAAGACGCAAUUUUUAUAGGCCCUGUAUAAACACUGUCUUCUGCGUGAAGGGUGUGCCCCGUCUCCUGAGAACAAGCAUCUUCCUUCUUACUGGCAGAGAACAGUGAUGAUGCUGCACAGCAUGACUGUCCAAUAAAGUUUUAAAAGGCCAAAGGCCAAUAAAGUUUGAAGCAAUGGUGCAAUAAUAUUUCACAUUUCGGAAUGAUUCGUUUUUAUGUGCAUGUGCUUCUGAACACUGACCCCAUAAAAACGUUUGAAUUGGUUAAUUUUUUCUUUGUUUAACCUCCUAAUGUUAUGCAGCUGAAACAUAAAGAGCACAGGUGAGUGCUCAGCUCUCGUUGUCACCUUGUCUUGGAUGUCUUCUCAGAGACGAAGAUAUACCUCAUCUCAUGGACUCUAAGCAGUGCGAACUCUGAGGAGACUCUCUUCCCCUAUUUCCUUAAAUCAGGACCCACUUAUUUUCAACUUUUUUAUUCAUUACAUCCUCCACCAUGUCUACAUCCAUGGCAACAACUGUUCUGCUCGUGGACUGUGAUUCCACUGCCACAGUCUGUUCAGGCAAAGACUGCCUUGUGCCUCCCAGCAACUUUAAUCAAAUACUGAGCUUGGUGUUAAGCACAGUGCUCACAGUGAUGCUCGCUAUGGUCAUGUUCUCGAUGGGCUGCACCGUGGAUUCUAAAAAGCUGUGGGGCCACAUAAAGAAGCCCUGGGGCAUUAUCAUUGGCUUCCUCUGCCAGUUUGGCAUCAUGCCGUUCACGGCCUUUGCCUUGUCACUGGCCUUCGGUGUACUGCCGGUACAGGCUAUCGUCAUCAUCAUUAUGGGCUGCUGCCCUGGAGGUUCCAGCUCCAACAUCAUCUGCUACUGGUUGGAUGGAGACAUGGACCUCAGUAUCAGCAUGACUGCUUGUUCCUCUAUCUUGGCUUUGGGGAUGAUGCCUCUCUGUCUGCUUGUCUAUACCUCUGUCUGGACGUCUGCUGACACGAUCCAGAUCCCAUUCGAUAGUAUUGGUAUCACCCUGGCAGCCCUUCUUAUUCCUAUUGGAGUGGGCAUGUAUGUUAAACAUAGAUGGCCUAAAGUGGCAAAAAAGAUCCUCAAGGUGGGGUCCAUUGCAGGCUUUGUCCUCAUUGUCAUCAUAGCUGUGGUUGGAGGAGUUCUUUACCAGUCCUCCUGGAACAUUGCUCCCUCCCUCUGGAUUAUUGGAACCAUUUAUCCCUUCAUUGGUUUUGGCAUGGGGUUCCUUCUAGCACGCUUUGUGGGGCAGCCCUGGUACAGAUGUCGAACCAUUGCAUUGGAGACAGGUUUCCAGAACGCCCAGUUGUGCAGCACCAUUGUCCAGUUGUCCUUUAGUGCAGCUGAGCUGGAAGUAAUGUUUGCCUUCCCUCUAAUCUACAGCAUCUUCCAGCUAGUUGUGGCAGUGAUAAGUGUGGGAGCAUACCGGGCAUAUAAGAGGGUAUGUAGCCGUGGCUCCACUGAUCGAGACAGCGAGUGUUCAUCAGAAGACGCCUGUGACACUGAACCAGCCAAAGAAAAGAUCAGUGCUGUGGAAAAUAGAACCUUUGACUUUGACGAGAAUGGUAACAGUGAAGAGAAGGGUAAAGGUAAUGACACGCAGCUGUGAUGGUACAGGCCUGCAAACCACAGACUCUGGACUAUUGGUAUGAGUAGCGCCUCAGAAGCAAACAGCCUGUCAACUGUAAGCACAUGGCGCCCUCUGCAGGCCAGACAUGUGCUCUAGGUCCUGAUUUCAACACCUGGCAGGAGCAGGGGUGACCAAAUGCACAGCCAGAGAUUUCUGGGGGCUUUAUGGGACUAUUAACCAAAACAAAUGCUUGUUACGUUUAAUAUAUUCAUAUACAAUUGUUGAAAACUAUAUUCAUUUGCAUGCACUUUUAAAAAAGCUGGAAACUAAAUGUUUAAGCUCAACCACAUACAGAUAUUUACCAUAUUUCAAUCAGUGCAUUUGUACACAAUUAGAUACAUGUGUAACACUUGUAAUUAAGCUAAGGUUACGCGCUAUUCUGACAGCAAAUGCACCAUUGUAAUUUUCUUUUUCCAAAGUUGUUGUUUUGUAAUCUCUGUUCUUUCUAUUUUAACUUAUUUUAAUUGUAUAAAUUAUAUUCAUUUAAGAAAUACAUUUAACAUCUUUACCAUGAUGUUCUGAAAAUAAAAGUUUUCUGAUCAAAUGUUUCCACCACUCUAAACUAUGUUAGCCAGUGCUGUAUAAGUUCCAACUUGAUCAAAUGGGUAAUUCGAAGGAUAUCAGUUAAUAUUUAGGAUGCAUACACUGUAGAUAGCAUGGUGGUCCGGGGUUUAAUUUUCAGGC